AUGGAAUGUCUUCGGGAAAGGUUCUAUGAUGGCGUCAUCCUUGACGGCCGCUUCGAGACUGUGUCUCCCCUCAACCAUGGCUCCUUCGGCAUGGUAUUCAUGGCCAAAGAUCUGACAACUGGCGACCACGUCGCUAUCAAAUGCCUCACCAAGAAAUCUGCCAGCAGCGUUUCCGACUCCACAUUCGCUAUUGACGAGAAGUCCGAAGAGCUUGCCUGCCAUGCUCGUCUUGGGUCUCAUCCGAAUAUCGUCAACCUCAUCCAUUCAUUCGAGACCGAGGCACAUCUCUACAUUGUUCUUGAGUUUUGCUCGCGGGGUGACCUCUACGAGGCCAUCCGUACCGGAACCGGUCCUCUCGAAACAGAAAGAGUCCGCCAAUUCAUGCUUCAGCUUGUCGAUGCCGUUGCCUACAUUCACGGCAAAGGCAUGUACCACCGGGAUAUCAAGCCUGAGAAUAUCUUCUUGACCCAAUCCGGUGACAUGAAGCUCGGGGAUUUCGGACUGGCCGCCACCGAGGAAUGGACAUAUGAGACCACCGUUGGCAGCGACCGCUACAUGUCGCCGGAACAAUAUGACUCAGCAGGUGCCGGCUACUCGCCCGCUCAAGCCGAUAUCUGGGCCAUCGGCAUCUGCCUCUUGAACAUCUUGUUCUCUCGCAAUCCGUUCACAACUCCCACCGAGUCCGACCCUCUAUUUCUAGAUUUCUCUCGAGACAAGGAAUCCCUAUUCGAUGUCUUCCCGACAAUGUCCCAAGACACGUUUGCCGUCAUCACCCAAUGCAUGAGCUUGGAUCCCCGCAAGCGCUCCCUGAGUGGUGUCCGUGAAGCCCUCUUAAGUGUGGUGAGCUUCACCACAUUUGACGAGACCUUGGAUGACUUCGAUUCCGCCAAGCAACAUAUCGUUGCCAGCUCCCGCGAACCACUCCGGACUCCUUCAAUCCAGAGCCCACACGUGGACCAGGGUUCUUUUCCCUGGGCCAAGGCUUUGCACGCAAGUCCUCCUCAGCAAUUCCGCCAACUGUCAGACAUCCCCGACGAUGAGGAUUACCAGUCAGAAGAUCUCUUCCCGAGCUCAGAAGAGAGCGGCAAGGACUGGUUCUCCGUUGGCGGACACACUCCAUCUUUGGCAUCGAUGCUCGAUUCAUCUCUUGGCUCCUCGAUGAUGUCUCUUGCGAUCAGACGACCUGCCAAAAAUGGAGUGCCCCGUGCAACCCGCGGCAUGGUGUCCGGCUCUCUGCCAAUUACCAUGUCCAAGCCUAAGCCAUUGCCAUCAAUGGCCUCUGUCUUUGGUAGGAAGAGUGACACCAUGUCCAAGAGCUGGAGCGACCUUUGGGAUGAGGAGGAAGAAGAGGAGUCUGAGCAGCUCAAGGCCCGUCAAAUUCAAAAUGCUCGAACUUGGAGCCAUGAGAGUGAAGCUGAUGAGGAUACUGUUCGCCUUCCUCUCCAGCCAAAGAGUCCCUCUUUCAUGAAUACUGCCAAGGUUGAUCAGGAGGCAUCCCAGACUGAAAUAUCCGACAUCGACGGCGAUAUCGUUGCCGAUGGUUUCUUUUUCCAUGAGACCCCGCGGAAGACGGUUGCCUCGCAGCAUUCGACCACCACCCCUCGCUAUUCACCACCAAUCAAACGCCACGCUUUCGAUAAGUGGUCGGCGCUGGGAGAUCGCAGGCGAGCAUACAUGGGCCCAGCCGAGUUGGAGAAGUCUCCGGAGUCAUGGAAGACUCGGCGCAAUGUUGGAUUAGGCUUCGCAGGGUUUGGAGCCGGAGUUUGGGAUAACAGAGGGAACAACACACUCGCUAUGGAUAAGGGCAAAGAGUGCCCAUGGAUGAAGGAAAAGGACAGGGCCCGAGAUCGCCAACGUCAAAAGGACUCUAGGCACAAAGAUCUCGGUGACCUUGAGUGGGUUGGGGGUUUCACCGACCUCCACUUGUAG